GUGGCGGGGAGAGGACGGCUUCCGGGUUCUGGCGGGGCCUUUGUCCGGCCCGAGCUCCACUUCCUGUCCCCGCCGCUCUGCGUCGUCCGCCUGCCGUUGGCCCUGUGACCCGGAUGCACCGGGAGCGCCAGAAGUGAAACGCGGGCUCCCUGGAAGCCAGGACAUGGUCUUUCUGUUGAUGGGUCUGGUGGUGGCAGGUGAAAGGGUUGUGCUGACACCUUAAAGGCAUAUUCUCACGACGCAGCUGUGAUUUGUCCAGAGAAUCUUACCUAAGAGGAAACUCCAGAGAAGCAGGAGAAAGAGAAAGAAAUGGCUGGUGCUCAGAAAGUGUUGACAUUCAGGGAUGUGGCCAUAGAAUUCUCCCUGGAGGAGUGGAAAUUCCUGGACCCUGCACAGCAGAAUUUGUACAGAGAUGUGAUGUUAGAGAACUACAGAAACUUGUUCUCCAUUGGUCUGACUGUCUCUAAGCCAGGCCUGAUCACCUGCCUGGAGCAAAGAAAAGCACCAUGGAAUCUGAAGAGACGGGAGGCAGUAGACGGACAUCCAGAGAUGGGAUUUCACCAUGCUACCCAGGCCUCUCUCGAAGUCCUGGGCUCACGCGAUCUGCCUGCCUCAGCCUCCCAAAGUGCUGGGAUUACAGGUGUGAGCUGCCACGCCCAGCCUGGCCUUGAGGAUUCUGUGGACAAACUCACUGCUAUGUCCUCUCAUUUUACCCAAGACCUUCUGCCAGAGCAGAGCAUACAAGAUGCAUUCCCAAAAUCAAUACUGGAAGCAUAUGGAAAUUGUGGCCUUGAUAAUUUACAUUUAAGGAAAGACUGGGGAAAUUUAGAUGAGUGUAAGUUGCAAAAACAUUAUAAUGGACUUAACCAGUGUUCGUCAACUACCCAUAGCAACAUCUUUGAAUGUAAUCAGUGUGUUAAAAUCUUUAAUAAUUUUUCAAAUUUACAUAGAUACAAUAUAACUCGUACUGGACAGAAACCUUUCAAAUGUCAAGAAUGUGGCAAAUCGUUUGAAAUGUUCUCAUUCCUAACUGAACAUCAGAAAAUUCACACUGGAAGAAAGUUCCAAAAAUGUAGAGAAUGUGGCAAAACCUUUAACCAGUGCUCACACUUUAUAGGACAUGAGAACACUGACACUGGAGAGAAACCUUACACGUGUAAAGAUUGUGAUGAAGUUGUUAAACCUUGCUCAGUCCUUACUAAAAACAGAAUUUACACUGGAGGGGAACAUUACACAUGUCAAGAAUUUGGCAAAGUAUUUAACCAGUGCUCCCACCUGACUGAACAUGAGCGUGGUCCUGAGGGGAAACCCUACAAGUAUGAAGAAUACAGCACUGUUUUUAUCUCCUGCUCCAGCCUUUCUAAUCAGCAGAUGCUUCUUGCUGGAGAGAAACUCUCCAAAUGUGAAACAUGGUACAAAGCUUUUAACCACAACCCAAAUCUUUCCAAACAUCAGAGAAAUGAGAUUGGAGGGAAACCUUUCAAAUGUGAGGAAUGUGACAGCAUCUUCAGGUGGUUCUCAGACCUUACUAAACAUAAGAGAAUUCACACUGGUGAGAAACCAUACAAGUGUGAGGAAUGUGGCAAAGCCUACACCCAGUCCUCACACCUCAGUGAACACAGGAGGAUUCACACUGGAGAGAAGCCCUACCAAUGUGAAGAAUGUGGGAAAGUCUUCAGAACUUGCUCCAGCCUGUCUAAUCAUAAGAGAACUCAUUCUGAAGAAAAACCCUACACGUGUGAAGAAUGUGGCAACAUCUUUAAGCAGUCAUCAGACCUCACUAAACAUAAGAAAACCCAUACUGGAGAGAAACCCUACAGAUGUGAAGAAUGUGGAAAAAACUUCACCCAGUCCUCCAACCUUAUUGUACAUCAGAGAAUUCAUACUGGAGAGAAACCCUACAAAUGUGAAGAAUGUGGCAAAGUCUUUAUGUGGUUCUCAGACAUUACCAAACACAAGAAAACGCAUACUGGAGAGAAACCCUACAAAUGUCAAGAAUGUGGAAAGAACUUUACCCAGUCCUCCAACCUCAUUGUACAUAAGAGAAUUCAUACUGGAGAGAAACCCUACAAGUGUGAAAAAUGUGGCAAAGCCUUUACCCAGUUCUCACACCUGACUGUACAUGAAAGCAUUCAUACCUGAGAAAAAAUAUUUAAAAAUAUGCAAAGCCUUUAGGAUCUGGUCACAUCUUUACAUCAGAGUUUUUAAUAAUAAUUUCUUAAUAACUUAAUAAAGUUAUUAUAAAUGUAAUGACUGUUGAAAGCCCUUUCAUGAAAUACAAGUCUCCAGAGCACGCACAAGUAUUUCUUCUGAAAGAAAAGUUAUAAUUAUAUUUUAUGCUAGAUGGAAACCUUGCAUUAGUUGAUUAAACUUUAAGAGAAUUUGUAGAGAAGCCCUACAAAUGUCAUAAAUGUGGAAUAAUAUUCAAAAACGAUAGCUUAGAAAACAGAGUUCAUACUAAAAGAUAUUUUUCAAAUGCAGUUAAUGGGAAAAAUAAGCAAAAUCAAAUUUAAGUAAACAUUGGAGGAUUAGAAAGAGAAAGUAAUAGGGCACCGCACUUUCAGAAAUGACACUGAAUCACAGCAUCAUGUCUACAGAGCAAUGUAGACUUGAAAUAGACCCGUCGUUUAUAUUUAAAAGGAGGGUGAGACAAUUUUUGUAGUUUUAAUUACAUUCAAAAUACACUUUUUUGGAUUGAAAAAGCGUUAAAUUUUUUGAAAAGCGAAUAUUGAUGUUAUUCAACUCAUCACUUGAUGCUGUCUUCAUUUCUAGUGCUGGUGUGAAAACACAUGCCCAAGUCCUUUUGUGGCAGGCGUGCACGGUUGAUAUACUUGUCCAUGAAAGGUGAAAGACACUGAAAUGUAAGAUGCGUGCGUAAAAUCUUGGUAGAGAGGGUCUUUGUGGUGGUUUUAUAUACUUGUAAGUGAUUUAUGAGAUAGCUGUUUAGAGUAAUACCCUUCUGCACUAUAGGAAGAAGGAACUAUUUUGAAUUUUGUAAAUAGUUUUACCCAUAUUUCAUUAAGGCAACAUACCAUAAAUUUUGAAGUCCUUUUUAAGAUUCUGUGCGAAGUUAAUUUGUUUUUAAUUAAACACAAUUGUGUUAAGCCUGAUGUUCAUGGAAUAAAGUGUCAUUCUACCAAAAA